AUGGUGGCCUUGAGCCACCAUAUCCAUGCCCAAAACCGUCCCGUAGACUACGUGGAUGCCCACAACGUGGCUCGAGCAACGGUGGGUGUUGGACCCCUCGUUUGGAACGAAACAGUGGCGGAGUACGCCAGGGCCUACACUGAAGUACGGUCCAAAGAUUGUGAAAUGAGGCAUUCAGAUGGCCCAUAUGGCGAAAACCUAGCGGCAGGGAGUUGGAACGUGAGCGCAAAGGAGGCUGUUGACAUGUGGCUUGAUGAAGAGCCAUUGUACGACGUUGAAACCGGUCUUUGUGUGGGAGGAGGGAAUGCUUGUUUGCACUAUACACAGGUAGUUUGGCGAAACUCUCAUUUCGUCAGCUGUGCUCAUGCCCCGUGCCCAAAUGGUUGGACCUUUGUUAUUUGUAACUAUGACCCUCCGGGCAACAUUGUUGGAGAACGCCCUUAUUAA